CAUUACCUCACAUGGAUCAAUAGAUGCUUCGCUGACGUCUCCCCAUUUCCUCUACAACCCCUCCCGGCUUUCCCCAAACACCAGAACAAGCCAUCCACGAUUAUAAGAACAAUCUCAUCCUUGUUCCGGACGCCAUAUCCUAGUAACCAAACACCUCUCAAGAGUUCACAAUUCUCCCAUGGAGAAGGCCGAGAAUCCAACCGUUCCGAUCAGCCACAAACCAAACGGAGCAGACGGCUUCGUCAUUCACGUAAGGGAUCAAGAAGAUUACAGAGGAGGAAGUUCCGGCGUGAGCCUCUCUCCGGCGAGGAUUCUGAGCCGGAUCCGCCGGAUGUUCAUGCGAUUCAUAUUCUAUUUUCCUUCUCGAGGUUCGUCGUCGUCGCCAAUAAUGGCGUCCAGGCAGAGAAAUCUGGAGAAAUUCGAGCCGCCGAAAACAUCUUGCAGCUCGAAUUACUCGUCUUACUCGCAUUACAGCGAAGCAAUCGCCGAUUGUAUCGAGUUCUUCAACAAGUCGUCGCUGCAGGAACAAAUCGGCGUCGGAGGCAGAAACUCCGAUGGAAAUGCGAUGGUAUGAUGAAUGAUUAAAUGCACGGUCGCACACACAGGAAUCGCUAAUCCGAUGCUAAAUCGUUUCGAUUCUCUGAUUUUGAAAGCCGGAACGAACUAGGAUUAAUCGCGAACGAUACUGUUUUCAGUGAAUACUUUUGCAAAUUUGCUUUUGCUCUUUCUGCGAUUUGAGCUUGCAAUAGGCAGGGUAUCGAAUCGAUUCGCUUCUGCUAUUUUUUCUUCUUCGCGUUUGUCGGUUUGUCGCAACUUUUUUGUUCGCUUCAUGUGAUUGAAGAUUUUAUGGAGGAGGAAAAAGAAUAAAAAUAAAAUUUGCCUCCAC